AUGUCGUACGGUACAAACCAAGGAUCUUAUCCAGGUCCACCACCAGCCUAUAGUACUGUUGGGACUUCACGCGAACCGUUCAUAGGCAGAGAAUGGGAAACUGACGAUGUUCCUGAGGAUUUUAAAUAUGGCGUGUCGGUUUCAGAGUGCGACGUUAGCGUUCGGAUGGCUUUUGUGCGUAAGGUCUAUUCGAUUUUGCUUGCACAAAUUGGUUUAACGACUAUUAUGAGCGUAAUCUUUAUUACCAAUAAAACUAUCCAAUUCUGGGUUCAAACGAAUGUUUGGCUUUUGAUUGUUUCCAUGGUUGCAACAUUUAUCCUUUUGUUACUUCUCAUGUGGAAACGUCGAUCUUACCCUACAAAUUAUGCCCUGCUGACAGCUUUUACACUUGCCGAGAGCUAUUCAAUCGGAACAAUGGGUCUUUGGGUUGUUAUAAUCGCAGGAAUUAUUGGCAUAUUUGUUCCAUUCAAUUCAACGUGGGAUCUGGUAUUUGCGGCUGGUACGGCUGUUCUCUUUAGUGGAUUUAUUAUUUAUGACACAUUCACUAUCAUGAAACGAUUAAGCCCUGAAGAAUACGUGAUUGCAUACGUUGAACUUUAUAUGGAUUUCAUUAACCUAUUUAUCGCAAUCUUAAGAAUCUUAAAUGACUUGAAUCGGGACUAA